UGGACUCCCACGCAGCCGCAGUCUCCUGCAGUGCUGGUUCUUCACCUCAGUCACGUCAAGACUUCGAAGAGUCCGUGGUCAGAAAAUGUCUGGAAGUGACAGGGAUCCGUGUGUUAAGUUUGUGAAGGCUCAGGGAAACUCUGAACUUUUUUUUUCAGCUUUUGGGUCUAUGAAAGAAUACAUGUCAGAAGAAUAUCUGCAAACUCUUAUAGAAGAAGAGGCAUUGAGUGUAAAAGAAAGUGACAAAUCACUUUACAUCUGUGAACCAUUUAGCGGCAUUGCCUUUGAUCAUCUCCAAAAGCUUGGCUGUAGAAUUGUUGGCCCACAAGUAAUUAUAUUUUGCAUACAGCACCAACGAUGUGUCCCCAAAUCAGAAUAUCCUGUUUACAAUAUGAUUAUGGCAGAUAUAAUUAUUUCUUGUACAAGCCUUGACAAAGGAACAAAGAAAGAAAUUCACAAAUAUGUACAAAUGAUGGGUGGACGAUUUUGCAGAGAUUUGAAUAUGUCAGUAACUCAUCUUAUUGCUGGAGAAGUUGGCAGUAAAAAAUAUUUAGUGGCUGCAAGUCUAGGGAAACCUAUUAUGCUUCCUUCUUGGAUAAAAGAGCUAUGGAAGAAGUCACAAGAGAACUCUAUGACACAGCAUAAAGAUAUAAAUAUGGAAGAUUUUAAAUGUCCUUUAUUUUUUGGCUGUACAAUUUGUGUCAGUGGUUUAUGUACCCUCGAAAGAAGGGCAAUUCAGCAACUCACAUCUGAACAUGGAGGUCAAUAUAUGGGACAUCUGCAAAUGAACAAAUGUACACACCUCAUUGUUCAAGAGCCAAAAGGUCAAAAAUAUGAAUAUGCCAAAAGAUGGAAUGUACAUUGUGUGACCAUUGAGUGGUUUUAUCAUAGUAUUGAAAAGGGCUUCUGUCAAGAUGAAGCUAUGUACAAGACAGAGUCUAUAUCAGAAACAAAGAGUGAGCCGCGUAUUUCAACCACUGCAGGCCAGAACAAUGAAGCUGGUGGUUACACUAAUGAAUCUAUACAUAACUCAGUUGUGAACAACAGCUUGGGGUCUCUGCUUGAGAAUCUACAAAAUCUGGAUAUCAAUGCAUUUCAAGGACCUGUGGAUUUACUAAAUGGCUGUCGGAUAUACCUUUGUGGGUUUCAUGACAAAAAGUUAGAUCAAGAUAAACUGAGAAGACUCAUUAAUUGUAGUGGUGGAGUUUGCUUUAAUCAGCUCAGUGAAGAUGUGACCCAUGUUAUUGUUGGAGAUUAUGAUGAUGAGUUAAAACAGUUUUUGACUAAGUCAACACACAGGCCUCAUGUAGUGGGAGCAAAAUGGUUGCUGGAAAGUUUUAAUAAAGGUUACCUGCUUUCUAAGGAGCAAUACAGCCAGUUGAAUUACCAGCCAGUUGAGAUAUCCAUAUCCGAACAACCAGGAAUGAAAAGGAAUACCAGUUUUCCCAAGAUAGAAUUUGCACAGGCUAAGAAGCAUCAGCAAACUGAUGAGUUAUUCUCUCAAAAUGACAAUGAAGACAUGAUGAUAGAUGAUGAUGAGAUGUCUGGAGCUGGGAUCUUUAAUGAAGCUCCUCAUAUCACUGGACAAGUGGAGAAUCAGUCUUCUUUUGGCCACAACUUAGUGCCUGAGACUCCUACAAUUAUUGAAGGUUUAUUUAGCCAGAAGAAUUUCCUUGUUGUUGGUUUUGGUAAAGAAGAUGAAUCUUUCAUUGUCAAAGCUAUUAAAGAAAAUGGUGGAAAAAUAUUGCCCCUCCAAAGCAGAACUAUUGUCAACUAUGUUGUGGUUCCUUUGCUGGGGUGUGAAGUGGAGUUGGCUGUAGGAGAAGUUGUUACAAAUACAUGGCUAAUUACUUGUAUGGAACAACAAAUUCUUUUUGACCCAGAGUCAAAUCCACUUUUCACGCCAAUACCAGUAUUUAAAGGAAAUUGUACUCCUUUAGAAAACUGUGUUCUUUCAUUUAGCCAAUUUAUUGGAGCUGAGAAAGAUUCAUUGGUAUACUUAGCAAGUCUGCUUGGAGCAAGAGUUCAAGAAUUUUUUGUGGGGAAGAAUGGUGCGAAGAAAAACAUACUUGCCAGUACCCAUCUUAUAGUGAAACAACCAGAUGGUGCUAAAUAUCAGGCUUCACAGAAAUGGGGAUUACCUGCAGUGUCUAUGGCAUGGAUAUUGGAGACUGCUAAACUGGGGAAGAGAGCAGAUGAAUGCAAGUUUCUGGUUGGAAAGCUACCCAAACAAGAGUGAUACUACUUUAAACAAAGAGAAAAAAAAAGACCCUUCACAAGACAGCCCAAGAUGAGCAAUUAUACUUCAUCAAACUUCUACAAUGUUUUUAAUAAAAGUUUCUUCUUUUGAUAACAUAGUUCCAUGAAAGUAAUGAUGAAGCUUGUAUGGCACAAUUUAUGUCAUCCCUUUAUUGCUCAUGGUUUAUACAUGACGUUAUAGCCAAUGCCUUUCUUGUGAUCCUAAUUAAAGUACUUAGUUAUGGUCAACAUCUAUUUCCUAAACUUAGUUGUUUCUAUUUUGCUUUUUUUGAUCCUUCUGGAUUCAUAGGCAGGAAUAUCAGAGAUCCCAAUUUCUAUAAUUGUUUUAGCGUUCUAUGUAGUAGGCUACUAUACAAACACAAUUUUCAGUUUGAUUUUUGGAUAAUAUAGUUACUUGACAAUUGUCCACAUAUAAAUAUUUCUCUCAGUUUACAAUGAUACCUUGUAGCAUUUUUACAAUUCUAUGUAGAAGAGUUAUAAUAGCCUUUUUUUUUCCUUAAAUGCCUUCCUAAACUCAUCUGGAAGGCAGAGAUUACAUUUCUGCCAAAUCUAAUUGUUCUUUAUGUGAUGAAAAUUCCUAGAAACAUUUAUUGACUUCUUGGGGCUUUAUGAUCUACUGUUUAUUGUUAACUGUUGCUAUGGGAGAAUAAGAAAACAUUGAUAUACAAGUAAGCAAAAAAGUGAGAUUUGUAAGUAAAUUUUUGCUGUCAUGUUUGUUUUUAUACCAUACAACCUUGUAGGUUGUUUUCCUUCUCACUUUUGUUCAAGAAUACUUGUUCUUGAUUGAUACUAAGAACUAUCACCUGAAACAAAAUAGUCUCAAGUUUCCAAAAUUAUUGUCGCUACCCACUGCUGCUACUGCAUUCUUGUGAUCUAUGGUUUUUCAGAUAACACAUUCCAUCCUUAUAGUAAGAAUGAAAUUAAUUUCAGUAAGGACCCGUAACAAUGGUCUACAAGAAGCCAGCUGUACCAUUCUACUGGAUUUUAAACUGUAUUCAUAUGUGGACUGAAUAAAGUUUUAUUUUACUUCA